AUGUCGCAUAUAGAGGACGUCAAGGAUCGGAUGACUCCUCUUCUCAAUCAAAAUGUAUCAUCAGCCUCACAAAUAACAUCAUCAGCAUCUCAAACCCCAACUGUACCAUCUACAAACACUUUGAAGAAACAUAAAACAAAAAUGCAUAGUAGAUCCAAUUCUCAUGUUAAAUUAUCAACAUCUACUGGUCCUAACAAGUCGGGAUCAAGGCCUAAUUUGAAUAGAUCUAAAUCUACCGACGUAUUAAUAAGGACAAAGCUGGCCACAGCUUUGAAAAGAAAUAAUCGAUCAUUCACUAAAUUAGCGGGUCUUCAACCAUUAACUAAAACUGUUUCAAAUCCAACUAUUAUUCGUUCGAAUAAAUCUACCGGAUCUUUAAAGAAUAUGGGAGGUCCUAGUACCACUAGUCAUGUUAGUGGACUUAAGACCAGCGGGAAAAAGGAAAGAGCUAUUUUAAGAUUAAAUGAUGAUGACAAUGAAGAUUAUGAAGAUGUGGCAGAAGAUGAAAAUAUAGAACCUGUACCUGAAAAAUUCCAUUUACAUUCAAAUUCAAAUUCUUCCAUAAAUGAUAGUGAUAAUAGUAAUGUUGAUCAUAAUACUACUCACAUUCAAGAUAGUAAAGAUACUUCAGGAGAACUUAAAACUGUACAUAGUAAUUUGGUAACUUCAACCCGAAGUUCAGCUGAAAAUCUCAUAAAUUCAGAUAAUCUCUAUGGAGGUUCAUUAUUACUUUCUCAAUCAACUGGUGUUACCAAGAAGAUGGAUGCAAAGAGUACGCUGAUGUUAUUAAAUCAACGACUUAAAACUGGCGAUGCAUAUGUCACUAAUAAUAAAUUGGAUUCUUCUCUUGAAUCAGAACCUAUCAGUGGUAUUUCAUUUAAUGCCAAUCGUCAUGAUGGUGAACAAAACAUAGCGAUGCCAGUUACGACUAAUAGUAAUGCGGUCCAAAAUAAUUCAUAUCAACCAAAUCAAACUAUAUUCAAUAAUUUAAAGAGAACUAAUAAUCAAUAUCUAAAUACCAAAAAGCAAUUAGAUCAACAACAGCAUCCUCAAGCCCCACCUCCAAAUGCAAAUGUAACUAAUGGUGUCAAUAAUUUUUCAAAUUUCUUAGCUAAUAAUCAAUCAUCAUCAUCUUCAGCUGAAUCAAGUAAUCAACAUAUAGAAACAAGAACUCAACAACGGUUAUGGUUACAGAGAGAAAAUUCAUUAAUGGAUGUUAGUAAUCUUGAUUCAGCUAAGCUUUCCAAUUUUUCCAACUUAUCACUUAAUAAUCUUAUGUUUGCCCAUAAUUAUAAUCAAAGUCAAAUUAAUACUCGUGAAUUAAUGUCAGCUAUGAAUCCGCCUACACCAGGAGCUGCUCCAAUGCAAUCAAAUCAUAAUUUAGUAUCAAAUGCAUUGACAACCCCUCCUGCUAAUGGAUCAUCAGAAGGAAGCUCAACUAAUAUUAAUGGAUUAUUAAGUCUGGUGCAGAAUAAUCAUCAAAAUUCAAUUCAAUCAAGAACAGAAUUUGAGAGAUUAAAUAGAGAAUACUUGAAUGUGAGAAGAAAUUCAAAUCCAGUAGGUGAGUCUUUAAGUAGACUUGAAAAAUUAUUGCCAGCAGAAAAGGGUGUUUUAAAAGUUGCCAAAACAAGACAGAUUAAUAAUACAUCACCGCUGACAUUUUCAGCAAGUAAUCAAAAUGGUAAUAAUACAUUUAAAGAAUUUUCAGUGGCAUUUCAAGAACAAGGUCAAGAAACCAAUACAAAGUUGAAAAAGAUUUGGCAGGAGGCUAUAUUGUCAUCGACUCAGUUAAAUCAUGGUGCAUCUGGUUACAGACUGGCUAGUGGCUCAGGAGCAGGAUCCCAGUUUGGUAAUCAAUCACAAAGACCAUCAAACCAAAGGUUGACGAGUAAUCCAAAUCAACAACCAACUACUAGAGCUGUUAAAUUAGCUGCACAAGGGACUGGAUCAUUAGCACAAUCACAAAUCAAAAGAACAGAACAACAAAUUCAACCACAGCAACAACAACAACAACAACAACAACAACAACAACAACAACAACAACAACAACAACAACAACAGCAACAGCAACAGCAACAACUGCUUAACGUAGCUUGA